UGAGAGACCUUGUCCAACUCGCUCGGUUGCAUUUUUCAGUGCACAUGUAAAGAAGAGCACCUCCUGCACGUAGUAUCACAUUCUUUUUGCUUUAGUAUGAUCGGUGGCUGGAUGUUGGCUGGAUUCAGUUCGUCAUGAUGAUGGAGGACAGAGUGUUAAAGCGCUCUGAGGAGUGUAGAGAUCCUCCUCAGCUCUUUACGUACUAUCAAGGCGACAUCAACACUGCAGUGGAUGAGCACUUCUUCCGUGCCCUGAAUAAAGCAACCACACCAAAAGACCUCAGCAUUAAAGCCAAGGACAGCCAUAGGAUUCCCAAAUCUGAAGUUCCCUCAUCAUCAUCAUGGGCUUCAUCUGGUCUAACAUGGUCGAAGACUGCACACUCUUCAGGCGCCUCAAAACUGACCCAGCUGACAACCAUGGAACCUCCACCUCCAUCCCAGGGAGUUAUUGUGAAUCCCUCAGUACUGUCAUCAGCGUCACCAUCACAAUCGUCUCUCUGGCCAUGUGCACCCAGACAGGGAACAGCCUUCGAACUGCCUCAAAUACUCUACCAACAGCCCAUGGCUGCUGAGAGCAGUGGCAACACUUACCUGAACAUGUUACAGCAAAUGGAUCGGCCGACAGGGGGCAUCAUGAUCUCGCCCUUCUCAAAAUCAGAAGCAAGACCGGAGUGGAAUUCUGGAGCGGCCUUUAAGGAUGGAAGCAGGAUCGGUCUAGAUUCAGGUGUGCCUGUCUCAGAAAUCAGUAAGGAUUUGUACUGGUAUUGAAAAAGUGAUUAUUGGCUCUAUGACGAAAGUAAAUUUUCAGCACAAGACUGCCUGUGUUUACAUUAUUAUGUAAGCUUAAGAAUGCCGUGCUUUUUGGACAUCUGGCAGAGUGACUCAAACCAUUAUCAUGGUUCAUGGUGUCAGACAUUCCUCAGAGAUGAAUGCCAGUUAAUUGCUUAUUUUAACCAUGAGCAUGUGAAUAAUAUAUCUAAUAGUAGCACAUAAGAAAAUACCUGAUUGAAAAUAGUUUACUUCUCUUAGCCGUAUAAUGGGUGAAUGAGGAAGCCUAUUUAUAAAUAGUGUAAUAUGAUUAUAGUUUUACCAAGCUUUCUUUGUGUAUAGUAUUCUGUGUUUAAAAAGCUAAUAUUAUUACUACAGACCAUAAGGUUUGUAAUGUAAAAACUAUAUUGACAUUUGUCAGCAAAUAUAUUCAGUGUCGGUCUUUUUUCACUCUGAAAAAGUUCCUCAUACCUUGUGGGAUAAAAAAAAUCUUCAAAACCUCAUCAACAAGUGUGUCAACUCUCUAGAUCAGGUUACGCGCAAGGCCAAGUGAAGCAGAAGGCAAAAGUGAACAGACAUGAGCAAACCAAAAUAAAUUUCUUAGACGUUGUACAAAUGGUGUUGGACUUCGUCUUUACAAACCUGUUUGCAAAACCUGCUUUACACUUUUUGCCUCAAGCAGUGAUGUAUUUCCCUGUCACAAGCCCUCACUUUUGAUGUACGAGUAUGACAAAACGGCUAAAGGCUUUGCCCAAUUAUGAUGAAUAUCCUCAAUUAUUUUCAAGAAUAGUAUACAGUAGUCUAUUUUCAGUAUGAAUAGUGUCCCUUUGUUUAAUAAGUCCGACAUGACGAUUGUCCUUUUGUUCAUACUUACACAUUUAGACAUUUGAUUUUAUAAUUUUUAUUUCACCUCCUUGACAGUCAGUUCUUCACUGGUGCAUUAGAUUUAGCUUCUACCUUGUUUAAUGCAAAGAUUUUUACAAACAUAUAUGGGUCAGUGACGUGACGCCUAAAUUUUACUGUUUUGUCAGUUAAAAAUUGUUUUAAAUGUGUAAAAAAAGAUACAAUAUAUAUGAAGUACUCGCUUUACUUUCAAAAAACAUUAGUUAUUUGUAAUUUGUCUGUUACUCAAUGUGUCAAAAUAUCAUGUGGUGCAAUUGUCCGGCCAUAACCCCUAAAUGUACUCACAUUCAUUUUCUGCAUUUUGGCAUGAAGUGUUUUGUAAUCUUGUAUAAAAUUGCAAAGCAUUUGUAUUUAUAUUUCCUUCAUAAUAUAUAAACAAACUUUGUCUGAUGAUGUCAAUUUUAUGAAAUAUCAUGUGGUGCGACCAUCAAGAAACUACCAUUUUGGGUCUUUUAUGUUGAAAUCCAUUCAAAGAUAGGA